GGUGCAGGGGUAGGGGAUGGAGUCAUCAGGCUGGGCCACAGGAGGUGGGAGUGCCAGAGACUGGCUGGGCCCUGGGCACAGAGGGGUUAACUACAAAGCAAAUCACAGAGAGCGAGAUCAAUGGGUUACUGGCUGCAGAGAGAGGAAAAGGCAGCAGCAACGCAGAGAGGCAGAGAAGAGCCAGGCAGAAGAGCCUGCCACCUGGGGGAAAUCAGGGACUGAGGGGGAAGUGGCCAGUGGCUACUCCAGAGGGAGUGCCCAACUCCGGCUCAGCAGAGGGGGCAGAGGAGAGGAGGGGCCUUAAAGGCGAAGGGAGAGAAGUAGAAGGCAGACCAGUACCUGCAGGGAGGCACCGAGGGGCAGCCGCUGAACCAGGAGGCCCGCCCAGCCCGGCCAUUUCACCCAGGAUCAAGCCCACUGCCCAAGGCGGAGGUGCCCGUCUGAUGGGGAGAUGGCUGAUGCCCAGAACAUUUCACUGGACAGCCCAGGGAGUGUUGGGGCCGUGGCAGUGCCUGUGGUCUUUGCCCUAAUCUUCCUGCUGGGCACAGUGGGCAAUGGGCUCGUGCUGGCAGUGCUCCUGCAGCCUGGCCUGAGUGCCUGGCACGAGCCUGGCAGCACCACGGAUCUGUUCAUCCUCAACCUGGCGGUGGCUGACCUCUGCUUCAUCCUGUGCUGCGUGCCCUUCCAGGCCACCAUCUACACGCUGGAUGCCUGGCUCUUUGGGGCCCUCGUCUGCAAGGCCGUGCACCUGCUCAUCUACCUCACCAUGUACGCCAGCAGCUUCACGCUGGCUGCUGUUUCCGUGGACAGGUACCUGGCCGUGCGGCACCCGCUGCGCUCGCGCGCUCUGCGCACGCCGCGCAACGCCCGCGCCGCGGUGGGGCUGGUGUGGCUGCUGGCAGCGCUCUUCUCGGCGCCCUACCUCAGCUACUACGGUACCGUGCGCUACGGCGCGCUGGAGCUCUGCGUUCCCGCCUGGGAGGACGCGCGCCGCCGAGCCCUGGACGUGGCCACCUUCGCUGCCGGCUACCUGCUGCCCGUGGCCGUGGUGAGUCUGGCCUACGGGCGCACGCUGCGCUUCCUGUGGGCCGCCGUGGGUCCCGCGGGCGCGGCGGCGGCCGAGGCGCGGCGAAGGGCGACGGGCCGUGCGGGGCGCGCCAUGCUGGCGGUGGCCGCGCUCUACGCGCUCUGCUGGGGCCCGCACCACGCGCUCAUCCUGUGCUUCUGGUACGGCCGCUUCGCCUUCAGCCCGGCCACCUACGCCUGCCGCCUGGCCUCGCACUGCCUGGCCUACGCCAACUCCUGCCUCAACCCGCUCGUCUACGCGCUCGCCUCGCGCCACUUCCGCGCGCGCUUCCGCCGCCUGUGGCCGUGCGGCCGCCGACGCCGCCACCGCGCCCGCCGCGCCCUCCGUCGCGUCCGCCCGGCGUCCUCGGACCCACCCGGCUGCCCCGGAGACGCCCGGCCUCGCGGGAGGCUGCCGGCUGGUGGCGGCCGGGGCCCGGAGCCCAGGGAGGGACCCGCCCACGGCGGAGAGGCUGCCCGAGGACCGGAAUAAACCCUGCCGCCUGGACUCUGCCUGU